GUACCUCUGCUAGGCUUGAAUGCGUGUCAGAGGUACCAGAGGCAUCGAAGGCAUCGCACUGCAGCGCUGAGUGGAUGCCGAAAGGAUCGAAGCUAACAAACAAACGACAGGACAUCUUCCUCUACGCUGUUAUAGUUCCCGUGAUACCAUUUGCCCUUUCGGGACGCUCAGGUGUUGCACCUGAACGAGGUGAGACAUGUCGCCGUUGUAACAUGUACCCUACGGAUGACUUAUAUCGGUACAGUUCAGUACUGGGUAUCGGUUCUAAUCGCCGUCUACGGCGCAGCAUUAUUCGUCGCUUCCCCAAUAUGCGGUUUCUUAGCAGACCGCACCAGCUCGCGUCGACUCCCUCUUCUCUGGGGUUUGAUCGCUUUGGCUGCAUCAACUGUGAUUCUGAACGUCGGCUCUUCCGUCGCCGUGCUGAUCGUUGGCCGGAUUCUUCAGGGACUUUCCGCUGCCGUUGUUUGGGUGGUUGGCCUGGCGCUUCUCGUUGAUACCGUAGGAGCCGGUGGUAUUGGCGAGGCGGUCGGAUGGAUUGCCCUUUCAAUGACCAUGGGACUCAUGCUUGGGCCACUACUCGGCGGUGUGGUCUACCAGCGAGCCGGAUAUAAUGCCGUGUUUGCCAUGGCGUAUACACUAAUCGGCAUCGAUAUUAUCCUGCGACUCAUGCUUAUCGAGCAGAAGGUUGCUCUUAGGUGGAUCGAGAGAAAAGACGGAAAAAAGGAGGCGGUACAGCUAGAAAAUCGCGAUUCGAAAGACCCCCAGGAGCAAUGCAAGCCUAAACCGGCUGUUGGUACGGAAGGGGCGGACGAGGGAAUCUCGCAAGGCAUUGCACCCUCAGCAACGACCUUGCAGGGUGCGGUGGCUGUGCAUCCACCGGUGCCAAAGCAAAAGGCCAUCUUCGAUCGUCUCCCUCCAGUCAUCACACUCCUUGCUUCCCGCCGCAUGCUUGCCGCGGUCUGGGGCAUUAUGGCGCAAGCAUCUCUCUUGACGGCGUUUGACGCCACUCUACCGCUCUUCGUCGCCCAAACAUUCGGGUGGGAUUCUGUUGGUGCAGGCCUGCUAUUCCUUACCAUCGUCAUCCCAUCCUUUGUCUCACCAGUGGUUGGCAAACUCUCCGACAAAUACGGUCCUCGGAUCCCAGCGGCAUUUGGAUUCCUGUUCUCUGCACCGUUUCUAGUCCUGCUUCGAUUCGUCGAUCAUAACUCCCUACGACAGAAGGUAUUACUCUGUGCUUUGCUAUCCAUGGUGGGCUUCGCACUGGCUACCUGUCUCCCACCGCUCACAGCAGAGAUAUCAUAUUUGGUCGAGGCGAAGGAACGCCGUUCUCCCGGCCGGUUCGGUGCCAAUGGUGCCAUGGCACAAGCGUACGGCCUCUUCAACAUGGCCUUUGCGGCUGGUUGUGCGAUCGGUCCUAUUUGGGGAGGAAUGGUGCUCGAGAAGGCUGGGUGGCCGACGAUGGGCUGGAGCCUAGCCCUAUUUAGUGGAGUCAGUGUAAUUCCAGUUGCCAUUUGGUGUGGUGGUAGCAUCUUUAAAAAGAGGAGGCGGGCAGAUGAAGAAGAGACGGGAAACGUUGGAAACGUAUGAGAUUAAUGACCCAGCCCGCUCCGCGGUGGCCGAUUGAUGGUCCCGAAGUUACCUCCAGAGGUUUCGAACACUCGCCAUCUCCAGUCCCAUCCGUCUUAUUCUAGAAGGCCGCCAACUAUCUCCUCCCCUUACAAAGCAUCGUUUCGUGAUGGAUUGUUGCAAGGGGCGGCACCAAGCAAGUUAGACCAUCAACUUCAGGCCGCCACGGAAGUCCUUGUAAGUAUCACAUCUCCCCUC